UGAGGCACACACACCAAACCUGCCAACGCUGGACUAUGACGAACUCUUCAAUUCUCAUACGGGCCGAAUCUGAUUUAUCUUUAUUACUGAGGAUUAACCCAUAACAUUUAGACUAUUUCUCUUUUUGUCAUAUUUGUCACCUGAAUAAUUCCCUGCACCAGGAAACUUUCACAGACUUGCUGGGAUCAGUCUGAGAGAUGGAGGCAGAGGAGAAUAACAUUUCAGUGUGGGUUUGUCGCGAAGAGAAGCUCGUGUCAGGUUUGUCGAAGCGCACGACCUGCGCGGAUGUGAUCCGGGUUUUACUGGAGGAGCAGAACCUGGAGCAGCGCGUCUCGCUCUCAGGCUCUCCUCAGUCCUACUGCAUCGUGGAGAAAUGGAGAGGAUUUGAGCGGAUUUUACCGAACAAAACCAAGAUACUGCGACUGUGGAGCGCGUGGGGAGAGGAACAAGAAAACGUCCGGUUUGUGUUGGUGAAAAACGAGGCGUCUUUACCCAGCAACGGGCCGCGGAGCGCAGAGGCGCGCGUCGUUCUCAGCAAAGAGAGCCCGUGUGUCUACAAGGGGACCGCCAGAGUGACCAUGGCUCUGUCACAAGAGAAACAGAGACGGAUAGUCAGGAAAGCGUUCAGAAAGUUGGAUAAAAUCAAUAAGAAACGGGCGCAAGCUGCGUCUAAAGAUGCCUCAUCUAUGGAGAAGAUGGAGACCCUUGUGCACCUGGUCGUUUCUCAAGAUCACACCCUCCGCCAGCAGAUUCAGAGGAUAAAAGAGCUCGACAGAGAAAUUGAAAGGUAUGAGGCCAAAGUUCAUUUUGAUAGAAUGAAGAUGCACGGGAUCAACUACGUCCAGGAUACGUAUUUAGUGGACGCCAACCCAGAUAAAGUUGCUGAGGGGGACCAACCCAGCCCAGAAACAGCUCUCGCCCAAUUUGAGGAAUAUGCGCAGAGAUGCGAGGAGGUCAUCAAACUGCAGGAAGAGCUGGCGAACCACGAGGCCCUCAUGGAGAGCAUUACAACUGAGCUUCAAGAGGAACUCAACCAGAGGUGGAUGAAAAGAAGACACGAGGAACUUGCCAAUAAAGACUCUGAAACCACUUCUGGCGAGACGUCUCUCAGAGUCACAACUCAAGAAAAAGAUGUUGGACCUUCAGCGGUGGAUAUGUCGUCUGACAACGAGUUGCUUCUGGAAGAAGAGAGGAUCAGAACCCAACUUGACACCAGUUUGUACAUCGGUCUGCGGCUGAACACUGAUUUGGAGGCCAUACGGAAUGAUUUGGACUUGACUCAGGAGAUAUGGGGGGCGAAAGAAAAAGAACUGAGGGAUUUAAUGGAGAAAGUCAACUCUUUGGAUUUUGAGGAGGACAGUGAGGCCGAAGCUGAGCUGAAAGAGGAAAACACAAUAGAAACAGACAGUGAGGCCGAAGCUGAGCUGAAAGAGGAAAACACAAUAGGGAGUCAUUCAGAUUCCUGGGGCCAGGGGGACAGUGUGUGGGUGGAGCAGGCGAGAGGGCUUUCAAAAACAUGUGAAGUGAAUGAUGACGACUCAGAUACAGGACUCAGCUCAAUGCAUAGUCAAGACUCAGAUAUCACCCCCAUCUGCGAAUCUAUAGUGUAAAAAACAACAACAACAACAACAACCUACUUUCAUGUUAUCCCUUGCUGGAUAGUUCAAAUGAACAAUGUAUGUCUUAAUUUAACACAUUUUACAUUUGCAUACAGUAAACAAGCAUAAAGCGGAGGCAAAGAGGAGUGCUUGGAAAGAUAAAAAAAGGAACUUUCCUGCAAAUCAAAAUGAAAUUACAUUAUCAAAUCACAUUAAGAACAUAA